AUGUCGACAUCCAGUAACUUUAAUUUAGGAAACUUGAGCAAAUCUUUUUCACCAAUUAAAGGACUUAUCCCCACAGGUAGCGAGUUGACCGAAUCUGAGGGUAAUGAAAGUGGCUAUUGGUCUUCGAACCCGAUAUUCCAGUUUGUUAACAAUGUGGCCACUACCAUUUCCACUCACAGACAAUCACUUGACUUGAUCAAUCCAGGAACUAUGGAAAACUUGAACAAGGAGGUAGAAAAGGAUGUUUUCCUCACUCAGUACGAGUUCUCAGGUCUUAGAGCAGACUUGAGUAAGACAUUCUCUAUGAAUCCGUUGUUCCAGGUCAGCCACAGUUUUUCUACUGGAGGUAAAUCUCCUGCCUAUGCAUUUGCUGGAAUGUUUGCCGCUGGUGAUUCUUUUGUUCAGGGAACUCUUGACAAUGAGUUGUCUCUCACUGGAAGACUCAACUAUGCCUGGGACAAGUGCAAUGUGUCUAAAGCCACUUUGCAAUUAGCCUCUGGUCAGCAACCUAUGUGUCAGUUUGAGCAGGACUAUCAGGCCAAUGAUUUCUCGUUAAAUUUCAAGACAUUGAACCCGGAUUUCACUGGAUCCUCGUUCAAUGGUGUCAUGGUUGGCUCCAUUUUACAGUCAGUCACUCCUAAGUUUGCAAUCGGUAUGGAAACUGCAUACUCUGCAUUGCAACCAGGAAUGCCUGGUGAUGCAGGUAUUUCAUUGGUGGGUCGUUACAACGCAGAUAAGUGGAUUGCGUCAGCCCAGUUGCAGGCUCAGGGAUCUCUUACAGCAGCUUUCUGGAGAAAAGUGGCCGACAACAUGGAGGCCGGCGUGGAAACUACUCUACAGGCUUCAUAUCAGCCUGUUAUGACAGAGAUGAUGGUUCCAACUAUGCAAUCCGUCUUCGAAGCAAAUACUACCGUCGGCGCCAAAUAUGAAUUUAGACAGUCUAUAUACAGAGGACAGUUGAGCUCCGAUGGGGUUGCCUCGUUCAUGCUAGAGCAUAGAAUUCUACCUACUUUGGGACUUACUUUCACUGCCUCCAUCGAUCAAUUCAAGAACACUUCCAAGAUGGGUUUGGGAUUGCAGGUCGAAACCGCCGGCUCUGAGGAUGUUAUGAUGAUGCAGAAUGGAUUGGUUGAUGCUGAUGGUAAUCCGAUUCCAGGUGCCCCUCAAAUGGCUUAG